AUGAACCCUACCAUCGGCAUCGCCCUCCUGCUGACAGUCUUACAGGUGGCCCGUGGGCAGAAGGUGACCAGCCUGACAGCCUGCCUGGUGAACCAGAGCCUUCGUCUAGACUGCCAUCAUGAGAAUACCACCACCACGCCCAUGCAGUACGAGUUCAGCCUGACCCGUGAUACAAAGAAGUGGGUGCUUUCUGGCUCCAAUGGGGUCACCAGGCCAGAAUACAGCUCCCGAACCAAAUUCCUCAGCAAGUACAACCUCAAGGUCCUCUACCUGUCCAACUUCACCACCAAGGAUGAGGGGGUCUACACGUGUGAACUCCGCCUCUCCGGCCCGAAUCCCACCAUCUCCAACAAGGAUGUCUCUGUGUUCAGAGAUAAACUGGUCAGGUGUGGGGGCAUAAGCCUGCUGAUCCAGAACACCUCGUGGCUGCUGCUGCUGCUCCUCUCUCUGCCUCUCCUGCAGGCCAUGGACUUCAUCUCCCUCUGA